AUGACGAAGCGAUUGCUCGUACUAAUAGGUCUUUUGGCUGCAACCACCGCGCCCGCUACUGCGGCAGCCGUAUCAUUCCAGAAGGCAUCGCUUACACAGACCAACCGCAAUUGUGACGGUUCUGUCAUUCCUCCGCAACUGACACAGACCUUCGGUUUUGUCGAACUUGUUUCUGCUGGACCAAACCAACUUGUCGCUGUUGCUGUCCUGCUAUGGGGUACCCCUAACGCAGCUUAUAAUGUCCGUCUAAUCCAGGUCAAAAAUGGAGCAGCCGUGGACUGUGGGUCCUGUGCGACUGGAGGCGGGACCUUGACGACGAACAACCUGGGCAUUGGAAGCACUUAUGUUCAACAGGCUGUUAGCCCGGGUGCAACAGCUGCGUGGGUGGACCUGAAUAAUAAGCAAGAUUGUGCAGGUUUUUAUAACAUCGCCCCGCUGCCAAUUGCCUGA